ACCAAGGAUUUUCAUCAAACUUCUUGCUUCCAAGUCCCAACUCACUACCUAAUACUUAGAAUUGCAUCCAUGGCUCGCUUGAUUGCAUUCUUAGCCAUUCUCUUCUUCGUUUCGGCUGCACAUUCUGCGCCUUCAUGCCCCGUCAUAGCCCAGGAGCUGGCCCCUUGUCUCACUUUUGUGAAGGGUACAACUGAAGAGCUAUCUCAGGCUUGUUGCAAUGGUGCUAAGGACCUGAGCAACAAUGUCCAUUCCAACCGAGACAAGAAAGACAUAUGCCUGUGCCUCAAGGACGCCUUGUCCAAGAUUGGAGACUAUGAGCCAUCUAGAGUCUCUCUUGUUCCCAAGAAAUGUGGCCUGAAGCUCGACCUUCCUCCAAUCGAUCGAAACACCGACUGCUCCAAGUUUGCUCUAAUGGGUUAUUGAAGCAUGAUUCCUGUAUGCUAUAGCAAGACCGUAAUCCCCAAUUAAUGAGAGGAGUAUGAAAUAAAUAAUAGUGCUUAUUUCCCACAUAAUGUACUAUUCAGUAAUGAAUAAUAUUAGUUGUGUAUGAAAAA